GGCACUUUUGCUCCCAAGGAGAAGGCAAAUAGAACCGAAAUAAAAUAAAAGCCACAAAACACACAAAUGUCUGAAAUAAAAUCACAUAAAAUGCGACGAAAUCUGCAGCAUGCACUGAACAACAUACAAUAUUCAGGCUAAGUGAGCUCACUCAAGACCGGCAAUUCAUAAGGAGACCAUAACCUCGAUAAGUCCUGUUUGGUCCUUCGCCUCCUUGGAUCCUGGAGAGAUGCCGUCGAUGGAACCCUGGCUGGGGGGCGAUUCCUGUUCCUGGCUGGGGAUCUUGCGACUCCGGCUGCAUAAAUCAAACAUGGACUUCACGUGUCUGUUCUGCUGCAGCCUGGCCUUCGUCCUAUAUCUGAACACCCUGAACGCUGGCUUCGUCUACGACGACAGACGCGCCAUCCUGGCGAAUGCGGAUGUCUCGGGCGGAACUCCCUGGCAGCGGAGUUUCUCGAACGACUUCUGGGGCACUCCGCUGACGGACAGCGGAUCCCACGGCUCCUGGCGACCGCUGUGCGUGCUGAGCUUCCGGCUGAACUAUCUCAUUGGCGGGGGAUUUGCGCCGUGGGGCUUCCACCUGGUCAACAAUCUGCUGCACUGCGUGGCCACCGCCCUGGUGGUGCGAGUGGCCCGGACUCUGCUGGCCUCCGUGUGGGCGGUUCUGACCGCCGGCGCUCUGUUUGCCGCCCAUCCGAUUCACACGGAGGCGGUGGCCGGAGUGGUGGGCCGAGCGGACGUGGCCGCCUGCGUCUGCUACCUGCUCACGUACCUCAGCUACCUGCGACACAUGAGGUGGCGCGAGUCGGGGGAUCCCCGCCAGUGGCUGGCCCUGGGAGCCACCCUCUUACUGGCCCUGGCCGGUCUGCUCUGCAAGGAGACGGCCAUCACGGCGCUCUUGGUCUGCGCCAUCUUCGACGUGAUGCGCGGUCUCAGUGGAACGGUGGAUAAGCAACGCCUGCGAUCUGUGUGCAUAGUUCUGGGCGCUCUGUGCUGCGGUAUCUACUGCCGCCUGGUGAUUGUGCCCGGACCGCAGACGGCCUUCUCUAGUGCGGACAACCCCAUUGCCAGGACGCCCUCCGCCUGGACGAGAUUGCUGACCUUCCUCUACCUGCCCGUCUUCAAUCUGCGCCUGCUGCUCCAGCCGAAUGUGCUGAGCUUCGACUGGGGCAUGGAUGCCCUGCCCAGGGUCACUUCGCUGUGGGAUCGCCGCAAUGCCCAGUCGGCCUGUUUCUACUCGCUUCUGGUGGGUGUGGCGUGGCGCAGCUGUCGUCAACUGCUGGGCGGGUCAGCAAAGGGGGAGGUGACCCCUGGGGGAGGAGUACCAUCCUCCUCCUCCUUUCCGCAGUACCACAUCCAAAAGGUGGCCAGUCGCAAGUCUCGCUCCAAGCGCAAGCGAAUGGCCAACAGCAGUAGCAGUACCAAGUACCAAGCCUUUGAGGCAGCCUAUCACCAUCAGCAGGAUGGAUCGCUUCCAUGUCGCGAUUGUAAUAACAAUAAUAGUAGUGGCUAUGUCUACCCGGCCAACGCAACCCAAAGCACCCCUCACCUCGUGUCUUCCGCGUUUCGCGGCUCCCGCAGCAGCAGCAGUUGCAGCAAUAGCACAAAUAGCUCCACUUCCAGUUCGAGUUCGAGUUCCAGCUCCUCAAGUUCGAGUUCUAGCAGCAGCUCCAGUGGCUCCACCUAUCGGUGCUCCUCCAAGGACUACGCGCUGGAGGGAAUGUCGCCGGGGAAUCGGCAUGCCUGUGUGCUGCUCAUGUCCCUUAGCUUUUUGGCCCUGCCCUUCCUGCCCGCCAGCAAUCUGCUGUUCUACGUGGGCUUUGUGGUCGCCGAACGACUUCUAUACCUGCCCAGCGUGGGAUUUUGUCUGCUGGUGGGCUAUGGGGUCUCCAAACUGAUGGCCGGCAGUCCGCGAACCCGCAUUACCCUACUACUGAGCUUCAGUGUCCUUUUAGCCGCCAUGAGUCUGCGAACUUUGCGAAGGAACGCCGACUGGCGGGACGAGGAGAGCCUGUACCGCAGCGCCAUUGCCAUCAACCCGCCAAAGGCGCUGGGCAAUCUGGGCAGCGUACUCAGCUCACAAGGGCGCUACGAGGAGGCCAAACAGGUCCUGCAGGAGGCCAUUCGGUACAGGCCCAACAUGGCGGAUGUGCACUUUAACCUGGGCAUCCUGCACCAGAAUCAGCAGGUCUAUCCCGCAGCUGUCGAGUGCUUUCAGCGCGCCAUCAAGUUUCGACCGAAUCUGGCGGUGGCCUACCUCAACCUGGGCAUAUCAUUUAUAGCGCUGGGCAAGCGCCAGCAGGCCAUUGAAAUUCUGCAGGCGGGCUCCAAUUUGGAUGGGGCCUCUGUGCGAGAUCGAGGCGCCCAUGAUCAGGCACGCAGCUCGGCCUACUUGCAGUUGGGCGCCCUCUACGUCGAGCAGGGAAAACUCCAGCGAGCUCUGGCCAUCUAUCGCGAGGCCCUCUCCUCGCUGCCGGGUUUGCCGCAGCAGCGAGAGGUCCUAUACCAGCGAAUCGGCGAUGUCCUGGGUCGCCUGCAGCAGUGGGACGAGGCGGAGCGGCACCAUCGGGCAGCCCUCGAACUGCAGCCCAACCAGGUGGCCGCCCAUCUAUCCUACGGCAUCACACUGGCUAGAAAUAGUAGCCGCGCCUCGGAGGCGGAGAUGUGGUUCAAGCGGGCCUUGCAACUGGCGCCCGAACAGGCCAGCGUAUACCAUCACUAUGCCGAAUUUCUCUCGCUGCAGUCGCGACAUCAUGAGUCGGCUGUCUAUCAUCGGCGAGCCGCUGAAUUGGCGCCCAACGAUUACGCACUGGUGGUGGCAGCGGCCACAGCGAUGCGACUGCUGGACAGAAAAGUGGAGGCAGAGCUGUGGUACAGAAAGGCCGUGGCUCUGAGACCCGACGAUGCCCAUGCUCACACCAAUCUAGGAGCCAUUCUGCAUCUGCUGGGACGCACGAAUCAUGCGGCUGCCAGCUACAAGGCGGCCCUGCGACUUCAGCCCGGCGAUGCCAUCACGCUGGGCAAUCUGGCCAAGCUGGGCGUCACGAAUGUCUAGCAAUUGUAGUGGUCACUAUAGCCAACCAGCUAACGAUUAAGUUAAUUAACCAAAAGCAGAGAUAUUUUUAUAUAGAAAAGGGCUGGAGAAAGCGUUAGAUAACUCUACAGAAUUUAUACAAAGGACUUCGAUACAUAUGUAUAUCAUUUAGCAGCUGGCAGCCGUGUAAAUAUCCAAGCAGCGACCAAAGAAUUUCACAAAAUAUAGAUAGAGAUACCGAGAUAUUGAGAUACCGAAACGGAGCAGAACAGA